AUGGGUGUGUGGCGGAGAUUGAGAAAUUAUGGUGCCAUUGCUACAGCUUGGAGGACUGGUUUUGAUCAAAAGGAAUUAGGUUUUGAAUGGGAGACGGGGACAGAUGGUUACAUUGUUGCAAAUGGCCCAGUUGGAAAAGGGAGGAGGAUGGAUAGUGAGAAAGAUGACGGAAUUGUUGACAAUGAAGCUGAAGUUUUUGAUGUUAAUGGCUGUUGUAACUCGACUGCUGAAGCCAACAGUGAAGUUGAAUGCUCUUUUGAAGCCUUGGAAGAUGAUAAUCAUAAACCAGAUGAGACAUUUAUGGCUGAUGAACUUAGAACGUGGAAAAGGGCUAAAUCUUCAGUCAAUGACAGUGGUAUCCAUAUUAAAGACGAGGACAAAAGCUGUCUACAAAAUGAAACAACAAUAGUCACUAAUCAUACUUUAGCCGACACUGAUAAAAGCUUGAAGUUACACCCACGUGAAAAGAAGCUUAUUCAUUUCAGAAACAAGCUUUAUCUUGCUCCCUUUACAACGUAUGAAAUCUACCAUUUUGCAGAGUUUGCAAGGUUCUAG